GUCUACUUCGUGGGUAGCGGGCCGGGCGACCCGGAACUCAUCACCGUAAAGGCCAGGCGCAUCAUUGGCGAAGCGGACGUCGUGGUGUAUGCCGAUUCUCUGGUGCCGUCGGAGAUUGCGGAUUUCGCGUCUUCCAGCACCGAGGUGCAUGGCAGCAAGAGCAUGGCGCUUCCUGAAAUUAUGGAAAUCAUGCUCAAGGCGGUUGCAUCAGGGAAGACAGUUGCCCGCGUCCAGAGCGGGGAUCCGGCGGUCUAUGGAGCCAUACUUGAGCAGAUGCGAAUCCUGGAGCGCGAAAAGGUCGAGUACGAAAUCAUACCCGGCGUGAGUGCUGCUUUUGCUGCCGCGGCAGUGCUCAAGACCGAGCUCACUGUGCCCGAGGUGUCUCAGACCAUCAUCAUGACACGGGCCGAGGGCCGGGUUGCCAUGCCUCCCAAGGAACAACUGCAGGACUUGGCCGCUCACGGCUGCACGCUCGCCAUAUUCCUCAGCAUUACCCGCAUGACCAAGAUCGUCCGCGAGUUGACCGGGGCAGGAUAUUCGCCGGAAACCCCGGUUGCCGUGGUGUACCGGGUCGGUUGGCCGGAGGAGCAGGUGAUUCGGGGAACCCUGUCCGACAUCGCCCGAAAGGUCCGUGAUGCCAAGAUUAACCGGCAGGCUCUCGUAAUGGUCGGUGAGGCCAUGAACCCCAACCUGACGUCUCCUGAGUACGUCGACCAGCAGAAGUCCGCUUCUUCCCACCUGUAUUCCCAGGACUACACGCACCUCUUCCGGCACGCCAGCGAAAGCGAGGACGCGGCGGCCGACGCCGCUGUGGGGUGA